GCGGCGGCGGCGGCUGUGAUCUCGCCCCCACGCAGGUGUGCUUCCAGGCUGUCGGAGCCGCCACCCCGGGCGCAGGCGUUGAGUCUCCGCAGCCUGCGGUCCUCCUCCCGGUGUUGUCUGGGCGACCUGGGGAAUCUGCUGGCGACCCGUAUCUCCCGUGCGACCCCGCCCGGAGAAAGUGGGCCUCCCGGCGCCCAGGAGCCUGGCUAGGAUCUGCUUCGGCUCUGGAAGGGCGGCGGCAUUGCCAUUACUCAAUCCUCGUCGCCUCCAGUCCCCUCCCCUCAGCGGAUAAACAAAACACCAGCGCGUGACUUCAAUGCCUUAAGAGCAGCCUCGCCAAUUUAGAAAAGUUGCUUCUUCCUGCUCCGAGCGUCGGCGCUCUUUCUUUCCCCAAAUCUUUCAGCGGCAAAUUGGGUGGAAGGCGUGUUUGAAAAUAAAACCUCAUUUAGGUGCUGUUCACUUUUGGGAGACUUUGGACAUCGUUCUUUGAGGCUUCGUAUCUUUUGAGAUCAUUCAAUUUGCUGGAGUAACCGUACAAAAUACAGUAUGCAUUCGAGCUUUACAAUUUCAAACUCCUAAGGGGCAUAAAGGUUCAACAGAUUCCCUUCCACCUUAUCCACAGUUCUCCCACGGGGUGGCGGCUGACGGCGCGAUGGACCUGGCUGGGCUCCUACUGGACGAAGAAGGCACCUUUUCCCUCACCGGUUUCCAGGACUUCACGUUCCUUCCAGGACACCAAAAACUGAGUGCUCGAAUCCGAAGGAGACUCUAUUAUGGCUGGGACUGGGAGACAGAUUGCAGCCUGGAGGAGCUCUCCAGCCCUGUGGCAGACAUUACUGUGGAACUUCUUCAGAAAGCAGCACCCAGUCCUAUUCGUCGGCUCCAGAAGAAAUACGUAGCUCACGUGUCCCGGGAGGCUUGUAUCUCCCCUUGUGCAAUGAUGUUAGCUCUGGUGUACAUUGAGCGGCUCCGGCACCGAAACCCAGACUACCUGCAACAUGUGUCCUCUUCUGACUUGUUUCUGAUCUCCAUGAUGGUGGCCAGUAAAUACCUUUACGAUGAAGGGGAGGAAGAGGAGGUCUUCAAUGAUGAAUGGGGAGCAGCCGGAGGAAUGACUGUGCCUACUCUCAAUGCCUUGGAAAGGAGCUUCCUGAGUGCCAUGGACUGGCAUCUCUACACUGAUCCUCGGGAGAUCUUUGAGGUGCUGAAUUGGCUGGAGAGCUGCGUGGCUGAGCAGCAAGGGCGUCGGCGUGGCUGGUACACCUACACAGACCUGUGUGUGCUGCUGGGACAGCCAGCGUGGCAGCUGGCUCUGGGCUCCCUCUGCCAGCGGCUGGUCAAGCUGUCCUGCCUGUUAGCCGUGGCAUAUGUGAGCAGUGUGGCCCUAGCUGUGGCGUCAGUGGCUGUAAUACACCAGUCCCUGGGGCUGUCCUGCAGCCCCUCACCAGGUCCUCCUGACCUCAGACUGGUUUCCAAAGGCCUCUCGCAGCCCUGCAUACCUUCCCCCGUGCCACAGUGCCUGACUAAUGUCUCCAGCUGCCCGGAAGGCAAUGUAGAGUUGCCGUCACUCUGGGGCACUCUUCUGGCCUCAUUGACACCACCUCCAAUACCUCCCCCAGACCCCCCUGCCCCACCUACUCUUCUCCACAAAUGCCCCUUUUGCCAGAAGUUUCAGAGAAAUCCCCCAAACUGCCGUGCCUGCCACCAGCCUAACCAUACGGUGUCUAUUGGUCCUUCCCGCCCCUUUUUCCGUACCCAUGGCCUGGCCCCACCCUGGCUCUCCAGCCCGCUAGCCCCUCCAUUCCUCCAACCCCAGCAGUGUUCUCUUUUUAGUGUCAUGGAGCUGGCCCGUCUCAAGUCUUUCAUUUUCCCAGGCUAGGUAGGGUUCUGAGGAAUUCAUGAAGAGGUUUGGGGAGUCCCUAAGAACCUGGAAGAGGAGAACUUGAUUUAGAUUUUUGCUACCUCUCUGGGUCCUUGGCUAGUCUCCUGUCCUCCUGAGUAGGAACAUGGGAUUAUGGUGUGGAGGAGCAAGGUCACUCACCGUCCUAGACCUCAGAGUUAGGACAUUGAUAGUGCCUGGUACAGUUUCAGCUCAGUGACCGGCGGCAUGUCACAGAUGACAGGGAGGCACCUAUCUUUCUGCCUUCUCAAGCCUGGGGGGGGGGGGGGUAGACUUUUGCUUUUCCAAAGAUGGAAAGGUAGAGGUGGGAGGUGUGGGUAGAUGAGGGGGAAUGAAACAUUCGUGUAGUUCUGUAUAUGUGAUGUCCCUGAGGCAGGAAAACCAGGGAUGGAUGGUACCAAGAUGGGAGCUGCUGAGGGAAAGCUUCCUGAGGCAGGAAGCUUGCCACGCCCAUCCCUUGGAUGUAGUUAUCACCGCCAAGGAUUAUGGGGCCCUUCAACCUUGUCCUUUUGUCUUCCAACCUUAGCAUCCUUCUCCAAGGCUUCCCACUUGACUGGUUCUUUUCUAGGUGUUCUCCUGACGGGCCUCUCUGGGCACCACUGCUUUGUAUCUGAGUUUUUCACGCUUUUGUAGAACUGAGGUUUCAAUAAACAGUUUCUGCUGCA